AUGGUGGAGCAAGGUGUCGAUUCUAGUCUGGAGGUGCACGAUUCUUCUACAAAUUCUUCUCGGGAUGGCGAAUGGAAAGUUCUUGAGCCACAGGCACUCGUCGUAUACGCCGUCGUACGCGCGUUUCGCAACCGCCUCAUGGACGCCCAGCAACGCUGCAACAGAUUCUGCGCCGCGCAUCGAUCUGCGAGCAAGUCUCCGCUUAUCGACCUUUGGUGGUCCACGCUGCAGCGGUGCUGCGGUAUCUUCUCGCGCACGACCAAGUACCGCACGUGGCAGGCGCAGGAGCGCUUCAACCUCCGCAACGAAUCUAACGCGCUCAACAUCAAGACGGCGGUGGCAGCAUACACGACGACCCUCGAGCCAAUCUGUCUCGACCAGAUGCGCAUUGUGCUCUCUGGCGAGCCCGGCCUUCCGCUCCUGCAUUGUCUAAAUGCGUUGGACAUUGCUACGGGGGACGGCUCGGUGGUGCCCGCGUCAUUCCUCAAGCGCAACGCGCGCGCGAUCAUGUCGCGCAUGUUGCUGUAUGCUCUGCGGCAGAUGCUCACUGUCGAGCGUGGCGCGCGGGCGGACUUUAAGCCUGGCUGGGAAGCUACUGUUCAGGCGCUCUUCAACUCCUACAACGCGGUCCUGUCGGGCAUAUCCGUCCCAUACGAUGACCUCGCACUACGGACCGCGUUCCUCAUCUCGAUGGAGGCAAAGGAUACCGCGAAUUGCUACACCGCGUUGCGCUACCUCUCCGCUGCGGUCGACGUGGACUCGGCGGCGCCUUGCACCUACUCCACUGUCUCCCACGUGCUGUCAGCAGCUGAACAGUGGAUCGAGAACCAAGACCUCAAUGCGCGCAGCACGACGCUCCCCCAGAUCAACAUGACCGCCUUCUUCAUCGUCGUCCACUGCAUGCUGCGCGUGGUCGAAGAGAAGACGGACGUGCCCAUGCCCCAACGAUCGCGGUUCGAGCGCCUCUGCGCUCGGGCUCGUGCGGCGCUUUGUGCCCUUCCACUGUUCCUGCCGGAUCCCGACACCCUUGCGCGCGACGCCACCCUCUGCGACCAGUUUUCGUUUGGGCUGCAGCUCCUCCUCGCACCGCUCACGCGGCUCUCACGCGCGAUGGACGCCCCCCACGGGGCCGACACCGCCCCGCACCUAGUCGAUACGCCGUCGCCGAUCCACGAGGACGUGGUCGCCGGGGAUUGGACUGAGAACCCUUCGAAGCCCGCCGGGCGGGUCGCAGAGCACGCGUACUAUCUUCCGGGAUCAAAUUCAUCCGUUGAUAGCCCCUACCAAGCGGACGUCAAGCCGCAUUCGUGUAGAACACGCAAACAGAAGUACGAGUUCCAUAGGGUGGGCACUUAG